AUGGAUCAAGACUUGAACAGCAUUAACCAUAACCGUGAAUCCAGAUAUGGCGAAGAUCUAUGCCCAUCGGCUGCCUCGUGGCGGCAGAAUUUACCCCUAGAUUCAACCUUCUUACGAACAUCACGCAACACAAGCCUUGCGCCUCUGAGCGGUUCAAUCUACAACGAAGCCAGAUACAAUUCAGCUCGAAACCCAGAACAGAAUGAUCUAGGAUGGCGAAGCCUGCAGCAGGGCCUCCCUGAUGGUUCCCACCAUGCCAUCCAUAGCGACACGUCGAACAGCUUGUACUACACCGGAGGCACAUGGUCGUCUGCCGGUCCGUCAGAAUAUCAUGGCGUCAACAUUUCAGAAAAUCAAUUUCCUGAUAAUGGCUUUGCCGGCUUGUCGAGCCCCUUCAAUGGGUCUCUUGUGGCCAUCCCCAUUUCUGAGCCCCAGGCAGCAGCCUUCGUUCGAUCGGAUACUAUCCGAGACUCUCACCCGGCUUCCUCAGGCCUUUUCCUCAACGGCGAUACUGCAUUGCCACUACACCGUCCAAGGGCCAACGAAGCGGGCAGAGACGACAAGUAUCAUUUCUUCGGUUCAAUGAUCCCCGUCAGCCAGCCGUAUCAUUCUUCUCAAGCGCUCCAAGCUCUAGACUUCUCGCUCGACAAUGGGCUCGGUGAUGCAAGCCUAGGGCCCGGCUACUUCGGUACCUCGUGCAUCGCAGAAGCCCCCCUGAGUUACGAAUGUGACAGAAUGAGAAGCCUGGUGAGCGCAUCUAGCCGGGCAUCCCGCACCCCCUCUCCACUGGCUGCCAGCUCGGAGAUGCGGAGCGACUCAGGGAGCACAUGA